UUGAAUGCACAACCUAUUAAAAGAGGCGUUGGAGGCGAAGAAUGGGGGUCGCUAUGAGACCCUCACUGCAUGUUAAACAGGGAAGAGGAGUAAUGGGUAGCAAGAGUGAAGGGAACAUUUUGCUCCGACUGUCUGAUAUGAAUGUCAAAAAGGAAUGCUGUUUCUAAAACAAGACAUAACUGCUGGCCUCCCCAUCUGUGUGAUAAUAGCGUGUGGAUUGGCACUGCUAUUACUUGCUGCAUUGAUCUCCUGGAAGCUGUGCUGGGUUCCUUGGAGGAACAAAGCCCUUUCAUCCAGUUCUGCCGCCCUCGCCCCAGACGACUGUCCCUCACUCCAGUUACCAUCUCUCCUGCCGAGUCCUCAGCCAUCCGAAGUCGCUAUGGCGACUGAGAAGGAAAAGUAUCCCCUGGCGUCGAUGGGCUUACUGGAGGCAGCUGUUAAAAUAAGUCACACAUCUCCUGACAUCCCCGCCGAGGUGCAGCAGUCCAUGAGGGAGCACUUUUUGCGCCGGACACAGCGCAUGCAGAGACAGACCACCGAGCCAGCGUCAUCCACCAGGCAUAGUUCCUUCAAACGUCACCUGCCCCGUCAGAUGCAGGUUGGCAGUCUGGACCUGGGGAAUGACUAUGAUGUGGAUGAGCAGCCAACCAGCAUCGGUCGCAUCAAGCCGGAACUCUACAAACAGAUGACCAAAGAGAACGAAGACUCGGGCAAUAGUCAAGGUGGCAAAAACUGUGGGAAGAUCCAUUUUUCUCUACGCUAUGAUUAUGAGAAUGAGAUGUUACUCGUCAAGAUACUCAAGGCCUUCGAUCUACCAGCCAAGGAUCUUUGUGGCAGUUCUGACCCUUAUGUCAAGAUCUACCUGCUACCAGAUCGCAAGCAGAAGUUCCAGACACGCGUCCACCGCAAAACGCUCAACCCCACAUUUGACGAGUCCUUCCAGUUUCCUGUACCCUAUGAUGAGCUGCCUGUCAGGAAGCUCCAUCUCAGCGUUUUUGACUUCGACCGGUUCUCAAGGCAUGAUAUGAUUGGGGAGGUCAUAUUGGACAAUCUGUUUGAAGUGUCUGAUCUCUCAAGGGAUACCUCCAUCUGGAGAGACAUUCAAUAUGCUACCUCUGAGAGUGUGGACCUUGGAGAGAUCAUGUUCUCACUCUGCUAUCUGCCUACAGCAGGGAGAUUAACACUUACAGUCAUCAAGUGCAGGAACCUUAAGGCAAUGGACAUAACAGGAUACUCAGAUCCCUAUGUGAAAGUAUCUCUCAUUUGUGAUGGGAGACGUUUGAAAAAGAAGAAGACUACAACAAAGAAAAACACCCUGAAUCCCACUUAUAACGAGGCCCUUAUCUUUGACAUUCCUCCUGAGAGCAUGGACCAAGUCAGCUUGCACAUCUCUGUCAUGGACUAUGACCUGGUGGGCCAUAAUGAGAUAAUUGGUGUGUGUCGUUUGGGGUGUGCUGCUGAAGGUUUAGGUAGGGACCACUGGAAUGAGAUGCUCGCCUACCCCCGUAAGCCAAUUGCACACUGGCACCCCCUGGUGGAGCCCAAGAAAUCAGAAAAAGAGUGGAAGGCUAGAACGGCCAGUUUUGACAGUCAAGGGUCCUGCCCCUCCCCCAAACCCCCUGCCAGCCCUUGAUCAGAGCCAUACGUAAAGCAACAGGCUCGGCAUCCUCGCUCUCUAGCCGUUGUCUGUCUGGCAGUCCAAGGUAAAAAAGAGAAAGAGAGAGAGGGACAUAAAUGUUCUCCAAGCCCUGCUAUUUCCAAAUUCCCACACGAGUUGCUUUAAUGGUUCCCGAACACUGAUCUAAGGUCAGACUCUGUUGUGUUUGCCCAAUGUUCCUUGUACUCAAGCUCUUCCAGUUCAUAUGAUUCUCAGUCAGUUCUUGGAACUGUUGUGCAAACCUCUACACCUUGAAUACUCUACAAUGCCACCUUUGUGUUCCUAGAAUAGCUUGGUAUCGUCAGCAGAGAUGUUUCUUUCCUUUUUGAAUUUUCCUCCAGACUGAAGCAUUUGAAAUCAGACUGUGGUGUUCCACAAACAGUCUGCGUGCAUACAGAAGAUUCCGCAGUGUACUGCAGUGCUUUGUGGAUGGCUUUGCUUAGAUCUUAGACUUUGAAAACAGGACCAACCAUCUGGGGGAUUGGAUUGCUUAAGAAUAUGGUCAGAAAGGAUGAAGGUAUAGCAAAGACUGAGGGAAAAGGACAAUGUUUUGAGUGAGUGAGAAAAGAAAAAAAGAGAAGAAGGAAAUGGAUUUGUUAAGUGCUAUACUAUUUUCUCUUUAAAAUCUGUUUGAACAAAAACAUGUGAGUGUAUACAUUUCAUGAAGAAUAUUAAAAUAUUUAUC